GCCGACCCCCUUACGUCAAUCUGUCAUAAAGUAGAGAAAAUAUCGACAAACGCUCAAUCGGUGGCAAACGCUGACGAAAUCAAUUCGAACAGAAGUGUCCACCUAUCGAUUUUCAACAAAUUUUUUGCUCAAACCAACAUAUUAAUGGCGGCCAAGAAACCGUUGAGAAAGUUAAAUUUUGAUUCCCAAUCAAAGUUAUUCUUCUUUGAGACUAAUGAGGAAUGCCUAAAAAGAAGUUGCGAAAGGAGGAGAGAGGCAGUCGAAGCUCUAAAUCGAAGCGAAAAAGUUUAUUUGGAUAGGAGACAGAAACAGGUUGAUAGUGCGGAGAAAUUAUUAGAAAACAAAUUUAGUAAGGAAACUGGACAAUUAAAAGAAGCUAUGAGAGAAAGGGUCGCUUAUAAAAGGGUUAGGGAAAGAUUGAAGGAGGAGAACUCCGUCAUUACUAAACCAGAAAAAUAUUUAACAAGAUUUCAAUUAAGUGCUGAUAUUGAAGAAGAAUUAAAGCAAAUGACUCCAGUACAAGCUAGAAAGAGAAAAGCAGAAUAUCUUCUUAAGAAGAGAAUACAAAUGCCGGUUUUGGAUAGAACCGUUUCGGCAAAGAAGAUUUCUCAAUUCUGGAAGAAAUAAAGGGAAAAUGAGAGAAAAAUUAGAGUUUAUUAUUUCAAAUUUGUUUUUAUUACACAGGCUGUUCUUGAUAAACCAAAAUCAUUUAUGUCCUUGUCAAAAACAUCUUAAUACCUUUUUGUACAACUGUUUAGAUGUACAUUAUAUCUUUGGACAUUUGGACAAAAAAACUACAAUAUAUGUAUAUGUACCAAAGGCAGCAAUAGAUGAGCGUUGUAUUUAAUGUCAGCGAAUAUUAAUAUACUAAUAUAUAUGCAUAUAUAUAUGCUGUCUGUCUGAAAAUAUUGUCACCAUUUUCUAUUUAUUCUUAUUUCAUUCAACAAAGAAAGUGGAUAUAUACACUAAUUACAAAAUAAUCUUACGGCUGUAGUAUACACAUGAAAUGGCAGAUCCCUGAUUGGUAGUGAUUUUCAACAUAUACAAAUUUCGAAUGAGCGUUCAAAGAG